AUGGAAUAUGAUAGUGCUUCCCCUGGAGAAAUCUUACUUGCAGCUUGCUAUCAAGAAAAUCCAGAUUUAUUAAAUCAAAUAUUAGAUGAUGAGUUAACCGAUAUUCACCUUUUGAACAACUCAAGAGAUGGAGUGGGAAACACUGCUCUUCAUCUUUCAGUACAACAUGGCUCUAUUGCAUGCUUAAAUAUAUUAUUAGAUAUUCAGGAUUUAGAAAUGAAUAGUAAGAAUUUCUUGGAAGAAAAUACACCAUUACACAAAGCUGUUGAAUAUCAAUAUAAAGAUAAGGAUAUAGCAUUAGAAAUGAGUAUUUAUUUUUUAUGUAAACAUAAGAAAUAUAUAUCUGAUCCUAAAUUAGUCGAAUCUCUUAUUAAUGCAGGCGCAGAUCCAAGAAUUAAAAAUAAAAUGAAACAAAAGCCAAUUGAUCUUGUAGAUAGAAAGAAUAAUGACAUACAAAGUAUACUUAAAAAAGCAGAAUUAGCAUAUUUCAUUGAAAAAAAUGAUAUACAAAAUAUAGGCAACAAAAAUCAACAUUUUUUAAAUAACUCAUAG